CUCAAGUCGUCAGUCGUUAGCCAAAAGUCGGACGAGAUUGCUGCAAAAUUAAAAACAUCUUCGGUCACACGCGCGCAUAUAUAAUAAAAAAAAACAGAAAGAAUAAAAACAAAAAUACUUCCGACUUUAUAGACUUUUACACAGAUGUGUAUAUAUUUUAGUGUGUACAGGCUAUAGUUAAAUACAAAGUGACCGAGCACAAGGAGCAAUCGGGCCAAGAGAAGAUCGGACUAUCGUCUCAAGUUACCCCUCUUAUAUAUUAUUAUAUAUUCUUUAACUUGGCACAAAAAUCGUCGUCGUCGGCUGCGGGUGGAAACCACCCCUUCGAGAAAUGUUCUCUCCAUAUAUAAAAUUUAGUGUAAUUUUCUUCGCUUUAUAAAUAUUUACCCUCACACACACCCGGCGUCCUGAAGCAGCAGCCGAGCUUCUUCGACCCACCCUCGCCCCGCACACACCCUCGACCACCCUCUCCAGUGGUCAAGACCAUCGGAGGAACGCGCGCGUGCGAGCAGGGGGACCUUCCCUCAGUGUGUUUUAGUUUGCCAACCACCCCGCAAGUGUCUGCUGUCGGGCGCGGCGCCGCCGGAGAUACCAAGGAGUCCUUACGAGAGACGAGACUCCUUACGGUAUUAUCGUAGCUUCAGAGAAAGUCGUGCACCACAUCUAACUCGACUCUCUUACGGUUCGGACCUAAAAAACAGCGUGUGUGUAUUUUCUUAGAUCCUCGGACUAAAAAAAAACGGGAAUCGUCAAAAAUUCAAAACUCAGCAAAAACCCGAAUCCGGAUUCGAGUUUCGUGAUUUGCAAAUUUCGAACGCAAAAAAGCAAAAUCAAACAGUUUCGCGAAAAAAAACAUCAAAAAAUCGUGUUGAUUCCAGAAGCUCAAGAACAAAAAAUACAAGACCAACCAUCUGCACUCAGCCUCAAUCAGCAAAAAAAAAACAACAAAAAAUCAGCAAAUCGUCGAUGAAGAUGGAUCCAAGCCGUGUUUAAAAGUCGCUGAACGAACACCAAACGAGGAUUAAGUGGUUAAAACAGCAAAUAAAAAAUAGUGUUGCGCAAAAAUAACAUCUUGCAAAAAAAAUUCAAGAAAAAUGGCCCCCAGUCUGCUGAACCAACAACGUGCCAUCGUGGAUACCGUUUUAACCGCGUGCCAGCGAUCGCGUACCAGCCAGCAGGUCGCGGCCAAUCCUCGUCAGGGAUCGUCAUCUAGCUUAACAUCAUCAACAGUGUUCCCACCACCCCGCGUGGUGUUCUUGCUUUGAACAAACUCUUUAGUUGGACUUUUGAGUUUCAUGAUAUAAACGACAAAUAACAACAGCAAAAAAUACAAACGACUAUAUCUAGUGUGUGUGAAAUGUUCUCCAGGAAGUGGUAUAGAUAUAACAUAAAACAUCUUGUUUCAUUAAUCGGACGGAUUAAGAAGAGACAAACUGCUUAAAUACAAACAAAAACAAUUAAAACAAACAUUCGAAGAAGAAGAAAAACGAUGCUUACAGUGAACAGUGCCGCCAGUCACAAUGGGAAAAGUACGCAAACUGGUCAAAAUGUUGCAAAAUGUCAUCCGAAAAAAAUGAGUGAAAAAUUAUGCGAAACAGCAAAAUGGUCAGACAACUACAAUGACGAUUGAUGCAUGCAAUCGCCGUUGGGACUACUAGCAAAGUUAGUGGCAGCAGCAGAAGAUAAACCUAGAGUUAAUGUGCUACAAAACUGCUCGAAUUCUAGCAGUUGAGAAGAACGCAAAAAAAAAACAAACAAACAACCAAAAAAAUACAACAUUUUUUCCCCCGCGCGACACGUGUUAGUGAAAAUGUGGCACUCCCCACCCACCAACGUGGUGGCGGUGCAGCGACACACACAGUGUUGACACUACAGAAGAACCACCAACCCCCCCGAAAGUUUAGUUUGUCGCAAUUUUUUACUACUGCAAAAAAUCCCCACGACAACACAAAACCGUUUAACAAGACCAGUGAGAGUGAAAAUUUUCGAACCAAAACAAGCUGAAGAAAAAUCAAGAAGAAACAAGUCUGAGUGAAGUAUUUUUAAGUUUGAGCUAAUAGAACAACAGCAGCAAAAACAAUACAAAUUUUGAGGAAGACACGAGACAAAUUUGGGACACUGAGACAGUGUGAAUUGAAGAAGGAAGAGAAGAAAAAGAAGAAAAAUCACGAACUAAUACAAAGACUACUUAAAUUGUGCAACCAUGAACACUAAACUAGGCUAAGCCGCAACGGACGCUAAAACUGUGGAACUACCCUCGUGGAAACGAGCAACUUCGCAAACGGCGCCGGAUGACAAAUUGAUUCCAAACUCCGACGACAAACAAAGUACCCAAUUUUGACAAAACCGAAAAACAAAGAGAAGAAAAAAGUGAAAGUGUAAGUGUAAAGUCCCCAAACGAGAAAACUGGAAUACUCGCCCCCGAAUACUACAAACACAAAAAAAACAACAAAACAAAACCAAACGAAAGUGAAACCCGUAAAAGUGAAAGUGAGCAAACCGAAGAAGACAAAACAAAAGAGCAAACAAUCACGGUUAGUGUGUUGAAACAAAGCUAGCGAAAAAAAAGUCCUUUAAACCACCCCACCCUCGAUACCUCUACAAAAUACACCGAUUCGACUUGUACCCGAAGUUUACCAUAAAAGCCAGGUCCAUGCGAUGGAAGGGGAAUCCUAAGGCCGGGUUAAGAGAGGGGUAUUGUUCGGAAUCGUUGGAAGGGGACGUCGUCGUCGUCGUCAGCAGCAGUCGUCGUUUUAGUCGCAAUAGUCAACGCUCAAGUCUUCGUAUGUACCGCCAACGUGAAUCUUGGUGCUCCUGUUGUAGUAAAAAGACUCGAAACGUAGGCCAGCAGCAGCAGCAACAAUACCAACACGAUCGGGCACAAGCACAAGCAACAACGUGGAGUGGAGGGGAGAGUUUCUCCCACCGUGCGCUGGUCCGUUGGCCAAUAACGCUGUUUGCCUCUUAUGAUGUCAUCAGAGGAGGACAGUGAUUCUUUCGGUUUGUACGUCGAUAAGUUGCUAAAGAAAAACAAACGAGCCAGACAGCGCGUAGACGCGGGAGAGCCAAGAAAUAGUUAUUCUUCGAUACCGAACUUCAGUUCAAGACCGUCCUUGAUGAGCGGCGGUCUAUACGGGGCUAUUUUUAGCCAAAGCCAGCAGCAUUUCGGUGGACUGUUUGGUCCCAGUGGAUACGGGCCAGCCAACAAGAUGCUCAACGAGCUGUUGGGUAGACAAGUGAAGCAAGCACAGGACGCCAACGAUCCGGACAGUAUCAUGCUAUCGUCGAUCGAGGCAGCUAACGCAGCGGACAGCAAUAAUACCCCAACGAGUAAGCAUGGAUUCGAGAGUACGACGAAUCUGAACAACAACAACAGCAGUACGAACAACAAUAACAACUCGAACAGUAACAAUAACAACUCGCCCACGUCAGAUGGAUCUGGCAUGAUGGGUCGGAGAAACAGUAACAGUCAGAACAUGUUGGCCAACGCCGCCAACAGUGGCGGUAACAACAAUAACAACAGUAACAGUAACAGCAGCAGUGGUGUUAUAGACCUUGACGGUGGUUCUAGAACACCACAGCCCAACGAUCUGGCGCAUCACAUGUUGCGCAAUAUCCUGCAGGGCAAGAAGGAGCUGAUGGCCCUGGAUCACGAGCUGCGAACGGUGAGCAACCAAAGCAGUGCGCUCGGCGACCGGAUAUCGCCCGACAACAACAACGUGAUCAGCAAGAACAAUAACAUAUACGACAUUACCAAAUGUGACACAGUGAUGAACGGUGGUGAUAUUAGUGACUCUAGUGAUCUAGGUGCUAAUAACAACAACAGUGCUUCAACCAAAGUGAAUCAGAAAAACAACAACAGUGCGACCAAUAAUCAAACCAAUAGCAAUGACAACAACAGUCACCAACCCAAUAGGAAAAUUUCCCUAGACUCGAACAACAGCAAUUGUGAUGAUUUGCUAGCCUCGGAGCUGGCCCAUACCGAGCGGCUACUGAACGGAGUUGGCCUCAACGCCAACUCCACCGGUGGUCGAUGCUCGAGCAUAAACCCGAAGCAAGAAAAGAGUGAUGUGAUCGACGAGCUGGUGGCCUCCCUUCCGGAUGAAGCCGAUGAGACCAUGCCGUCACCUGCCUCUGGCAGUAAUGGAGUGAUAAUUACCAAGCAGGAGCUGGACAUUGACGAGUGUCUGGAGGAUAAAGAUCGAGACGAUCGGACGCCAAGUCCCAUUACCAGCAAGAACGAUACCGAAUCGCUCACGUUGAAACGGGCUCGGGUGGAGAACAUUGUGUCUUCUAUGCGGGCCAGCCCGGCGUUGAUGUCAUCGCAGUCAGGCCAAGUGAACGGAUGUAAGAAACGGAAGCUAUACCACCCGCAACAACACGACAACAGCGCCGCCGAGCGGUAUGCUGCCGCAGCCGCAGCUGGAUUAAAUCUGGGUCUUACGCUGCAGAACUUUAUGCUGGGUGCUAGCACCGAACCGGACGAUGACGAUGACGAGAUGGAGGUCACACCACAUCUCCACCAAAAGCGUGUUGAGAAGGACGUACUUAAGUCUCAGCUGCGAUCGAUGCAGGAACAACUGGCCGAGAUGCAGCAAAAAUAUGUGCAAUUAUGUUCGCGAAUGGAACAGCAGUCCGAUACCCAGGAGGUGGACGACAGCGUCAGUGAUAUCAUGGAGGACGACUCGAACCCUGACCUGACGCCGGACAAGUCCCUGAUACAGAGCUCGCCGGCAUCGACGCCGGUGAAGGACGUCGGUAAGAACGCGGACGCUUCCAGCAUGCUGCAGAUGAUGAGCAAAAUGAUGUCGGCCAAGAUCCACAGCCAACUGCCUUCGCAUCCUCACCUGCAGGCUGGUUUCAACGGAACGCAUCUCUUCCUGCAGCACAUGCAACAGCAAGCAGCUGGAUUGCCCCACGAAGGUAUGAAUCAGCACAACCAAAUGAGUAACGCCGCCAUGUACCAAAAACUGUUCAUGGAACAGGAAGCGCGGAUGGUGAAAGAAGUCGCUGAACAGCAGGAACGAAACCUGGCAAACACCAACCAGCAAAUGCUCCAACAGCAAGCGAUGCAGCAGCAACAACAACAGCAACAGCAACAGCAGGAAAGAAGCAUGCAAAACAGCAACCAGCAAAUGAUGCAACAGCAGGUUCAGCAGCAAAACCAAUCCUCUCAACCGCAACUGCAGUCUCCUCCGCAGCAACAACAGCAAAACCAGCAGCAGCAAAUGCAAAUGCAGCAGCAACAACAACAGCAGCAGCAGCAGCAAGGUGGUCAGCAAGGUCAUAUCCAGCCGCCACAGAUGCCUCAGUUGCCUCACCUGCCCCAGAUUCCCAAGGGUUCUACGAUCCCAUCGGAUUUGACGAGCCGGUUGAACAUGAUGCGAUCGAGUUCCAACUCGGUGGUGCCCAUGUCCGGCCAAGAUCUGGAAGGCCUAGCGGAUGUGUUGAAGACGGAAAUCACCGCCUCGCUGUCGAGUUUGGUCGACUCGAUCGUAACGAGGUUCGUGCACCAGCGAAGAUUCCUGGGCAAGCAAUCGGAAGCGGCGGCAGCAGCGGCCGAACAGUUGAACAAGGACCUGUUGAUGGCGUCUCAGUUGUUGGAUCGGUCCAAGUCCCCGCGGACAAAGGUUACGGCGGAUCGAGGACCUGUCGGCAGCGGUAGCAGUCAGUCAGGUAAUGGACCAAUGCUUAAUUCUAGUCUUAACAGUGCACCCAACCCGAACGUGGUGAACCAGUCUCCAGCUGGGAACCCGAUGAUCGCCGGUCAGCAGGGUAACGGGCCACGGUUGAACGGCACCGCGUUUCCACCCAUGGGAAUGCCGAUGCACGUGAACAACGCACCCCAGCACGAUCCCAAGAAUAUGAAUAACAUGAACCAGAUGAAUAUGCCACCUCAUGUUCGACCUUCUCCCUCUACAGCUAUGUUCCAACAGCCGAAGCCUCCGCAGAACAUCAACCCGGUAGCCGCCGCUGCGCUGUACAACUCGAUGAGUGCGCUUGGCACGAACCAGGUGAAUCCUUUCUGCAUGCCAGAACCCCGCGAAAACCCCGAACAGGCCGAAGCUCUGAGCCUGGUUGUGACGCCCAAGAAGAAGCGCCAUAAGGUAACCGAUACCCGCAUUACGCCACGAACCGUGAGUAGGAUUCUGGCCCAGGACGGAAUCAUUCCUUCCGCCAAUCCGAUCCAGCUGGAUCAGAACAAUAGCAACCAAGGUAGCAACAUGAGCAACAGCAGCAACCUGAACAGCAACAACAGCAACAGCGGUAACAAUAUUAACAAUAACAACAUUAACAGCAAGAACAACAACCAACAACAGCAGCAGCAGCAGCAGCAACAACAACAGCAGCAACAGCAGCAGCAGCAGCAAUUCAACAGCCAACCACCGAGUGUGCAAGCGAGCACCCCUACCGAGAGUCCCUCUCCACGUGGUUCGUUCCACCCUCCACCCCCGUCAAUGUUGCCCGUGUCGUUGCCGACGUCGGUCGCGAUACCAAACCCCUCGCUGCACGAGUCACAGGUCUUCUCGCCGUACAGCCCCUUCUUUAACCCGCACGGCCCCCCUCACAGUGGUCCGCAUGGACCGCAGCCUUCCCAGUUCCACCACAUGAAGGUGUCCUCGAGCCCGCCCGGCAUCAACGGCAUGAUGGACCCUCGAGAUUCGCCUCCGCUGCCCCACCCGCCUACGAUGCUGCACCCCGCACUGCUGGCAGCAGCCCACCACGGCAACUCGCCCGAUUACGGCCACAUCCGGGCGUCCAUGGACGUCAACGACCGGAACUCGGACUGCAACUCGGCCGAACUCAGCUACAACGGCAUGGAGCCUACUAUAUCCUUUUCAAAAUUUUCCUUGACUCCGGAGCACUCGUCAACAUUGACCCCGAUGCACCUGCGCAAGGCGAAGCUGAUGUUCUUCUGGGUGCGGUACCCCAGCUCGGCCGUCCUCAAGAUGUACUUCCCGGACAUCAAGUUCAACAAGAACAACACCGCCCAGCUGGUCAAGUGGUUCUCCAACUUCAGGGAAUUCUACUACAUUCAGAUGGAGAAGUACGCCCGCCAGUCGGUCAGCGAAGGCAUGAAGAACGUGGACGACAUCCACGUGGGCAACGACAGCGAAAUCUACCGCGUUCUCAACCUGCACUAUAAUCGGAAUAAUCAUAUCGAGGUGCCCCAAAAUUUCCGAUACGUCGUUGAGCAGACGCUGCGAGAGUUCUUCCGCGCGAUACAGAGCGGGAAGGACACCGAGCAGUCGUGGAAGAAGUCGAUUUACAAAAUCAUCUCUCGGCUGGAUGAUCCUGUGCCGGAAUAUUUCAAGUCUCCCAACUUCCUGGAACAGUUGGAAUAAGAGAGAGAGGAAGAAGGGAGAGAAGUUGUUGGAGGAGUGAGGAAACCCAGCAGCAAACACCGAAACCGCGCUGCCAACACCAGAAACCUGCAAACACCGAAAUCAAUAAACCAAAUUACUGAGGGAAAAAAAGAAUUAAUAAUAAAUUUAAAAAAAAGAUAAAAAGUUACUUUAUUAAUUAUAAAUUUAAAGCAAAUUAUACAAAAUUGUUAUCUAAACAAAUUUAAAGCAAAAAAGAAAUUUAAUUUUAGAGAAAAAAAAAGUAACACAAAGUAUAAAUAUAUUGUUUAAAAAGCAAAACGAAAACACAAACAACAAAAAACAAAACAAAGAACUAUUAAGCGAAAAGAGAAAAAACUGAAGAAGUAACAACAUUUGUGGUUCCUAUAAUGUAGUGUGCUUACGUCCAAAAAACCGAGCAACUACAACAGCAAGCGAAAACAACAGUGAAACAAAUAGAAACAAGUACUUAUAGACGAUAUACUCGCGUUUAGGCCUUCAUUUCGAACUAAAAACAAAACGUAAAGUGAAAAAACCCAUUCAUUGGACAAACCAAAAUUUAAAAAACAUAAAAAAUACCAAGCGAAACCACUCUCAGCAGCAUCACGAAAGCGAAAAAAAAAUCGUUCAAUCUAAAAUCAAUACACGCAAAACAAAAGAAACAAACAAAAACAUUUACGGAUAGAUUUAGUGAACAGAACAAAGACCUCAAAAUUUAUGCUAAUGCAAAGCCUAAAUUUAAACCCAAGUGUUUGACAUCUAAUGUAAAAAAAAAACUCAAAAAACCUCAAAGACAAGAUCAAGACGAAGAAGCGGCGGCAGCAGCAGCAACAAAAUUUAUAAUUUCGUGAAACAACUUAUGGAUUCACCCCCCGUAUUUGGAGAGUGUUUUGGAAAAGUGUGAACGAAAGCAUAAAAAAAAAGAUAACAAGCACGAAACAACUACAACAACAGCAUGUGAUAGAGCAGCGAGCAGCGCGAGAGAGGAUUUAGCGUUUUGGGAGCAAGAAACUCCAAACAACAACUGGGAGGAUCGCGAAAACAAGUUGCAGAACACUGUGCAAAACUAGUAAGUUUAAAGAAGAGGGUAAGGAGGAGUAAACUGUAUUGCAACUCAAAACAAUCAAUUUAGGGAAAGUUGAGCGAUAGUUAGGGCGAUUGAGAGUGAGAGAGAGAGGGAGAGGGAGCAAAUUUCAGGAGUACUGAAAAACACAAACCAAUCCACAACAUGUGAAAAUGGAUAAAAAUAUUGUAAUUAUUGAUGAAGAAAAAAAAACGUUUGAAUUUUUAGUCCUCAGUUCAAAACGAAUAAUAUUGAUCUUAUUUAAUCGAACAAAACUAAACCUUUGGAAGCGUUAGAAGCAAAACAUGUAAGCAAGUAUACAUUUUAGGCUAAGAUCUUUUAAAAACGUGACAGAGAGAUUGCCUCCCGUUUCACGCAGCACACCGAGUGGCGUUACGCACCGUUACGUUCGCGACCGGCAAACCCCCGGCCGGGCAGAACGAAUUGUUUAUCUUGUAUAUAUUAUUUAUUAUAUUUUUGACAGAUGUAAUAAAUUAUUGUUUAUUUUAAAUUGUACAAAGUUAUUAUCUAAAUUUUUAAAAAGAAAAAAAAAGCGAACGUUACUCCACUUUGCAAGUUGGACUGUUUAGGUAGCAAAAUUUGUUUUUGUUUUCAAAGGGGGCGAAACGGUCCCCAACUUUCGGCAGCGUUAGAGAACGAGAAAAAAAAACUUUUCGGCAAUUUUCGGCGAUAUUAGGUUUAACAUUCCUGGGUAGCUAAAUCGAUCCCGAUUGCGCACACUGUUUUGGCUAAAGUGUGUGUGCGCAACCGACCGAGCAACGCGUAACGUCCGCCGUCGGGUUUGACUUUUGCGAGCGUAACGCCUCUGUAACGACGAUGGGCAGGAAAUUCUCUCGCACACAUAAAUCUCGCAUCAAAAGCAACGUUUGAAACGAACUUUGGAGCAAAACAACAAACAAAAAAGUAAACUCUUUCGGUAAGAACAAAAAUUGUUAAUAGUCGUACCCGCGUGAGACAAAUACGCAAACUAUUUGAGCAAGCAAAAAACAUAACUAUUCGUAACUUUUAAGACAUAUAAAUUCAAAAUUAAGGCGAACAAAGUAAGCAAAAAGUGUACAUUUUUGAUGUGCUGAGGAAAUAAGUUUUAGCAUGUUAGGGUGGCAUUGUUUAGGGCUUAAGCAAGAUAUGUUUAUGAUUUUAUUUUCAAGUUCACGUUGCUUCUUUCUGCUUGUAAGAGAUGAUUUCUUGCUUCGAUUGGCUGAUCUGAUUCUGCGAGUUCGUAACAAUCUUCUAGAAUUCGGAAGCUACACAACUUUAGAACAAUUUUCACCAUGAAAUUUCCUACAAUAGAGUCAAACUGAUCAAUCACAACCGGGAAAAGAUUGUUACAGUUUUCUCCAGAAACAAUUAUUCCAAUCGAAACGAAAAAUCGUCACCUUGCAAAAUACAAAACCAUACCAAAGCAAAUCAAAAUCGAAACAGCUAAGUAACAAUCGUUCACUAGUCUAUACUUUUACGUUAUCGACUGAAGUUUAUUUAUUAUUUGGAAGCACUCCACCUUAACAUUUUAGGGGGUGGUUUGACAGACUAGUUGUUAGCUUAUUCGCAGCAAAUCAUUUAACAUUUACUUGCUAAGAGAAAAUUAAAACAAAAUAAUUCAAUCUGAACACGUUUUAAGGUGAGUUUCCUAGUCUUAUGUAAAUUAGGUUGAACGUCGUUUCUGAAAAAGGAAAAAAUACUAUUUCGAUGAAUUAAUCUUUUCUCAAAAAAUCUAUCACUUCGCGUUUCUAACGAAUAAAACUAAUAAUUUAAAUUUUGUGUAUAAAUUAGAACUAAACACUUUACGGUAAGGAUUGAAAAUUUAUUUAAACAAGCAAAAAGCAAACCAUGUAUAAUCAUUUAUUUAAGAUGAGGUGAGAGUAUCAAGAAAAGCUAGUUAUUUUUGUAACUGAAUUAAAAAGGUAUCUAUUAUUAUUAUUACUAUUGACAUUAAUGGAAAAUGUACAAAAAAUAAUAAAAUCUACUCGUACGAAAAGUUAUCACACCAAAUUUUUAUGAUUUCCGAAAAAUUGGCAAUUAUUCCUUCGAUUACUUCCAAAUUCACUUCUGUUCAUUAUGCUUAUCUUUUAAUUUUCAAAAAAAAAAUCACAAUGGUUCGCAAUCCUAACAAAAAAAAAAGACACAAAAUAUAUUUAUAUCAUGCCUUCAAAAUUAAACGACAAUGUAACUGAGAUUGUGAUAUUAAAAAUAUAGCUCCUCCAAGUCCGGGACAACCCAGGCGGGGUCAGUCAGCGAUGUCGACACUCCCCAAUUCCAGAACAUCGUCAGCUGGACCCAUCCAAAACUUCCACGCAAUCUCCCGGCGGUUCCUAUCUAGAUUUAAAUAAAUGCUGUGCGUACAACCCCCUUUUGACGAGCGUGUGAGGCGUUACAGAAAAUUUCCGUAACGCCACUCACCCAACUGUCAAAUUUGCUGCACGACCGUUGUAGCAACCAUUGUGUGACCAUUAUUUUUUCUAGUUAGACAAUGGUUGCUCGAACAACUGUGCAACUUGUUUGCUAGCUAGGUGCAACGUUCAACUCUGCAGUACUGUGAUCGAAACAAGAGACGUUUGAGAUGUUUUGGAUGAACCGGAUUGAUUUUGGUUAAAGUUUUGGAAGUUGUCGGGGUUAAUGGGGGCUCAAGUAUGCGGGGUUCCGGACCGGUGAGGGAUAGUAAAAAUUAAGGGAAAUUAAACUUUCGGUAUCUCAAAGAAAAAUUAAAAUAAGUAAGACGGGGCGGACGAAAACACACAAAUUUUGGAUAUUUUUAGGCACGUGAUAUAAAGUCAAAAAAAUAAUAAUAAAAAAAACACACCAACCUUUUGAAACACGUAACAUUUUUGGGGCAAAUGACACGCGACACGAGUUUUAAACCUGUUUCGGCCAGGGUGACCAAGAGACAAACCUUUCGGCUUGACUGGAAAAGGCAUUCUUCUGUUUGUUAUGGUUUGAUAUUUUUGUUUUUGGGUUUCGAACAAAAAAGGCGAACCAGGUUGACAGAUUCUGAUGCAAUCGAGUGGAUGCAAGCGAUUCUGUAAAAUGACCGACAGUGCCUUUGGUCCGAACCUCGGGAUUGAAACGGAACCUCGCCAUGGGUGACCAAAAUGUCCUCGCCGGAAGCCGUGGCGUAGCGCUUCGAGAACCAGUGACCAGCAACAAAACACAAACAGACACAACAGCAUAAAUGAAAAUAGAUAAGGCAUUAGUUCAUAAGCAACUCUCAACUUACAACAAAUACAAUAUAAAUGGUAGUGUUACAUUAUAUUUCAUUAUUCAAACCAGAACAUAACUUACUCUUAUAAUCAGUGUGUUUUAAACAAUAGUAUUGCAAGCAAACAAACAAUAGCCUACUCUCAUAAACAAUAAUCAACCAACAUUGAACGCAGCAUUUGAAUUGUACCAAACCAUAACUCACUGGUUCCGAAGGACUGCUCAAUUUGGACGCUGCGCCACGGACAGACGCCUCCGCACUCGUGGAACCCUUGACUUCCAGUCAAACCCGCAUUCCAAAGUCCCACCAAUGCCGACCGUUCAGGGUCCCAGUUCUGACUCUGAGGAUGCUCGCCUAGACCUGGCACCCACCCAACUGUCGCGUGGCCACCGGUUGCUCCGGGUCCACUUUCCGCGCCGUUCCACACUCGGGUCAUCAUCGGCGUGCCCGACAUUUCCACCGCGCCGCCCAUGCUGCCCCGAGAACCCCAAAGUUGUGGAGUUCUGUGAUUUUGCGCGAUUUUCAUCACGGUCCACAACUUUGCCCCCGGUUCCGACCAUCGUGGACCAGCCUUCGUGGACGGCCGAGAAACGACCACGGCUCCGGAACCGGCCUCCGGCUCGACGGUGUGCCCUCUAGUGACCAUCCUCACCUUCCACCAGGACGCCCCGAGCAGGCCGGGUUGAGCAGCACUUUGAUUUCUGUCCCUUUCGGGUUCCGGCCAGGUUCCCGGGAACAACUAAUAUUUCUCCGGAAGAAGCGAUGAACGCGUGCGCCCGUUUUAUUCAUCCAUUCGGACGGAUUCACGGAAGCUUGGCGAGCCCAUUGGGAAUCGGUUCCAUACGAACACCGCGGUUUGGCUAUUCCGGGAGAUGGUCCGCGCGAGGUGACCGUUUCGACCGCGGCGGACACGGGCUUGAGGCAUGUCGACUUUUCGGUUGCGCGCAGAAAUCGAUCCGGAAUCUGGAUGACCCUCAACUGGUGAACAAGUUGCACAGUUGUUUCUACAACGGUUGUUUGACAGAAAAAAAAAGUUACACAACUGUUGGCGCAACUGCAGUGCAACAUAAGCCAGUUUAAGUCUGGGAACGAUUUUUCUUUCCGUUUGUAUUUCUUAUCUCUUGUAAACGAAAACUCUUUGAGUAAAACUCUCCUUGAACUUCUCACAAAUCGGUAACCAAUUGGCAAAAAAAAUCAUCCGCAAAAAGGUAAGUGAUUUCCAAAUUUCUCCUCAAUUUUCAGGAACGCAAACGUAAAAUUCCGUUUCGUGAAAUUCUCGGAGCAAAAAAACACAUUCCAAACUUAUUUUUUGUACACUCAAUUAACGUCAAAGCGAGCGUAACGCCCGUAACGCACGCGCGCGCACAAGUUCAACCACGUGCCAGCUGCGCACGGGUUGCCUACCCGUAGGCGCAUCUCCAGAAUACGAACUCAAUACACGGAAAAGAAAUCUGCCAGCAAAUUCAAACGACAAAAUGUACAAUAGUGAAAAGAAAUAAAAAUGUGACACCACAGCAACAUUUUUCUGCAAAUGCAACAUUUGGUUUAAGUGGUGGAAUUUGUACGCGUGUUACACGGCGGGAAUUUCUUUGGUAACGCAGAACAUUAUCGACGUGAAGGUUGCGCGAAAGUGCAACACGCGGAGAAAAAAAAAAUCCUUACUCGAGUUCAAUUACGAAAACAUUAUUGCACAGAAAUAGGUGUAGAAAUGCUUACUUUUAUUGGUUUAAAAAGUGUAAAGAAAUGGGUUUGAUUAAGAGUGAUUUGAAAUUUUGAUUUUAACGCAAAUCACAGAGUUGAUAAAAAAAACCGGAAGCACCCAUAACGUACACGAGUUAACGCAGCAUCAGCAAAAAUGUUACUUUGCAGAGAUGACAUUUCUAGAAGCUGAAAACAAUUAAUUAGGGAGACGAUUUUAAUUUGCACAACCGCUCAAAAGUGGGACAGACAAUCGUGAAAGUGAAUUGUGAGGCAAUUGAAGUUUGCUUAAUUUAAACAACAAUAGAAUGGAAACGAUGAAUGAUAUUUAAUAACACAUACAAUUGAUUUGAAUUAACAGUUCCCGAUUGGCUUUUUUGACAGCAUUGACACAAAAGAAUGUGGAAAAUAGUUAACUUCGUACGAACAUCCUUAUUUGAAUUAAAUCGGGACCGUCAAAGGAUCUCAGCAAAACUGUUUGAAACAUUCACGAGUCGCAAUUCACUGCGAGGGUCUGCUCAACGCAAAGAGGGUUUGUAAUCUUAUUUUCGAAGUCAAACAAUUUCAGCAAGUUUUAUAAAGUCGAAGAACGCUCAACUAAAAAAAAAACAUUUUGGUAAAAGCAACAAACGCAAUACAGUUUACAGUAAUAUCCAUAAAACAAGCUACAGUGGAACAAUUACAAUAGAAGAAGCUUAAAGCACAACAUGAAGCCAACUUACAACAACAAGCAACAACACGUCAAACCACAACAGCAGCAACAUACGCAGUUAUGUUUGAGCAAGAUUUUUCAGAGUGUUAUAAAGAAACCCGUUUUAGAAACUGUUUGGCAUCGUUCUACUAAGCUAAGUUUAAACCAAAAUGGAGGAAACAAAUCAAUAUCAAGAAUCUUUUCGGACGCAUACACCUCGAUUUCAUUCCAGACCUACGUUUGACAAGGUUUUAAGAAAAGUUUAAUGACACAACAACAACAACAACAACAACAGCAACAACAAUAACAAUAGUCGUCGCAAUAGAACUAUUCCGAAGCAGGAUUACCAGAUUACUAACAACAAACAAAACAAUAGAUCAGAGAGUGGCGUAAAUGACUCCACAAAUGGGAUAAAAAACAGAAUAAUAUUAACCGAACUAGACUUACAUAAAACUUCAUAUAACGAACUCAGGGAAUAAUGGUGCAACCGUUCGAUACUUUCAUAUAACGCUGAAGAAAAAACUGUUUUAAUUUUGACAGAAAACUAAAUAGCAAGUAAUACUAAUCCUUAAUUAUCAUUACAGAUUCAAAUUCAAGUAAAAUAGCCAAAUAAAUCAUAUAUAAUCAGUAUUUGUAUUUACAGAUGAUGAAAUGAAAAAAAAAGCAAAACAUACACCAUUGUAUAGAGACAAACCAAUCUAACUUCCCCCUAAUCGCCAAUUCUAUGCAGCAGAAUAAAGCAAUAAAUAGACGAAACAAGCGAACAAAUAACAACCACCGUGCUAUAAUUGUAUGGAAACAACAAAAAAUAUAAAAACAGACAGAAAUCAAACCCACUUGCAAAGCAUACAACAAAAGACAAAAUUUCAUGAAACCCACACGCAGCAAAUGACUAAAUGAAAACUUUUUUCUAACUUUCUAGCAGAGCAGAGAGCGAGAAGCACAAUGGAAAAACAAACUCAUAUAUGAAAACAUGUAAUAAAAACAAAACAAAACAAAAAACAGUCAAAACAAGGAGACUCCUUGGAACCGUAAAUCUACCACAGAACGUUGGAAACAGUGGAAGAGAUUUUUCUUUUCAUAAGUUUUUCUGUUAAAAUUUAUCAGUGAAAAAUUGCAAGCAGCUGCCAAAUGGCAAACAGCAUGAGAAUUUGAAAAAAAAUAACAAGAUCAAUGCGCUGCUUGGUUUUCCAACGGAAACAAAAGAAGUAAAAAAAAAACUAAUCAGAAUCGAAUGAAAAAACAUGCGAACAAGAAAAAACAAUGAAGCAAAUGAGACACAAAAUUAAAGAAACAAUUUGAACAAUUCCAUUGAGCAGUCGGAAAACUAAAAAGGAGUAAAAUUCACAUUAAUUGGAAGGAAAGAAUGAAGAAUGAAACAAAGCAAAAAAAAAACUAUAUAAAAUCGAAAAUGUACGUAUAUAUCACGACUCAAAGAAGAUUCAAAAUUGUAUGCAAAAUUAUUAACUUGUAAAGAAAAUUCCAUUUUAGUUUUCAUCACGCAUUUAGGCUCGCGCGCUAAAUUUAACAUCCCAAAUUGAACGAUUUACAACGAUUAGUUUCAAAAACAACAUCAAGUCAUGUUUGGAUAAUUGUAUUGAACAUUUGGUGAAAAGCUAUUAGACACUACAGCGAAGCUAAAUGAAUAUUCAAGUGAAUUUAAUAUUAUAAAGAGAGAGAGAGAAAAAAAAAUAAAAAAGCACAAAAAAAUCUGUAUAAACUUUUCAAAGCAUUGAAUGAUAUUUUAAUUAUUCUGAAUAUUGAUUAUUUAUUAAUUACCUUAUAGUUUAUUCGUUUUAAUAAGUAAGUUAAAACGAAAAAGAAGCAAAUCGAAAGCGAUAAAAAUUGUAAUAUUAAAAAAAGCAAAACUCCGCGAGCCGCCAAUGGCCGACAAUGAACUGAGCUGCACAACGUGCAAACCAGCCCGGAGAGUUCCGUUCGAGGGGUUCCGCCAACUAAAAAGUGUCGAGCAGAACCAGGCUCUGACCCACCCAUUUCCGGUCCCGCCCGCCCACCCGGUGGAAGGGGGACACUCACGGAGAUAAUGCUGGGCGAGCCUGGGGGCUUGGCACACUAGCGGUUUCCACUUCUCGAACGAUCCGGGAAAUCGGUGCAAGUUCGCUGCGUUCACAUUCAGCAUGUUGGGCAUUUGUUUGAAUACUCACAAUCCACACUAACAUUACCCCUUUUGCGAGCUAGAUCCCAACGUGUCGGCCAUUGACGGGUGCCGCAACCCAUACACUUACACAUUUAAUGCAAAAAUGAAAAUGAUACAUUUAAAAUACAAUUUCAAAUUAUAAACAAAACCAAAAAUCUGAUCACAAAAAUUAACACAAAGAACGAACAGCAAAUAUAAACAAAACAGAACAAAACAAAAAUCUCGAACCAAACAAAAAGGCGGUUCACUUUUUAUUUGAAUAUAAAUGAUAAAUAACAUUACUGACAAAAAUAUCUAAAUGAAGAAAAUCGUUUGGCGAAUCACUUUUCAAACAGUCUGGCUAAAUGUUGAAACAAACCAUCAAGAUCACGAAAAAAAAGGGCGUCGCAAAACCCGAGCCCGCGGCUAAUCAAGCAAUUUAGACACGAAAGUAUACGAAAACAAGCAAAACAAAAGUAUCAAAUCAAGGCAAACUAAAACAGUUUUGUUACGUUUCAGAACAGGAUAAACCGGAUCAAUGUGUAAUAACUGAUUUUGAGUUGUUUAGUUUUGAGUUUCCUUCAACAAUACCAGUAAGAAGCAUUUCCCAGCGGACAACCAUCUCGUUUCGAACGUGGUUAUCUCUGGAAACACGAAACCUCUGAUUUCGAAUCGAAUGAUUUGUUGCGAAGAUCACCUUUGGUUUCCUAUAUGAACACUAUGAUUUCCAGUUUUUAAAAAAACCGUUACGAAUCGAACGAACUUUUUGGUUUUAAUAACAAUAGAAUUUUAUACAGAUUGCUGAGCAGAUUUAUGACGGUCACGGACGCGUUUCGGAGCAGGAUUUGGAGCUGGUAUUGGAAAGUGCUGAAUAAAUUCAAAAUUUUGCGCGCAAAUUAAGUCACACCACAGUCGGAUCGGUAAAUCUGCUCAGAGCAUAUAAAAUACACUGGAAUAAUUUUUCAUCGUUCAACGAAUAGCAAUUUUUUCAUUUCCAGUUGAGUAACCAUCCUCAGUUUUAGCAGAAAAAAAGCAUAACAAAUAUAAACUAAGUAACAGUCACGCAUUAGAAAUUUUUCGGAAAAUUUCACAGUGUUUACAACAAAACAGAACAAUGCUCUCGAAAUACCAGUACCGAAGCAAAAUUCAAAAUUUGUUGAUAUAUAUACCUAACAUCUAUAGCAAAACAACCAUCAGCGAUAUAACAACAUCACAAAUCUAAUCACGGAAGGAGUGAAGUAGAACAACAUCACAAGGUCAGAAAGACGCUGGCAACAUCUGGAAAAAGAAAACAAAAAACAACAACAAACAAUAUGAACAACAUCUUAUACGAAUAAUCGAAACAAAUUUUCACUUCUAUUUUUUGCAAUAGUAAAAAAUAUAUUUCCAUUCGUCUGACAGCACCCCUCAGCUGCAGCUACUGGAUGGCAGUAUAUUGAACAAAGUUUUUAGUUUGCAAUAGAAACCGGAAAAUUACGGCCGGGCCUAUCGGUCAUCCGCAAUCCGAGGUUCGCCGUCACCUGGGGGCGAACCGUGCUCGAUAGUUUUGGUCGUAUGUUUUACAAGACAAUACAAAUGACAAUUUUAUUUCUCAUAAUUUUUCACUCAAACCAACAGCAACAACAACAACAACAACAACAAUAGCAACAUCAAUUGUAACAGCAUCAAACAGAACCAACAACAUCUGUUUAUGAACAACCUGUAAAAGCAUCAAUUUUUCGACACUUUUCCUCUUUUUGGGGCAAGUUCCACCGCGCCCGGAAAAGUGUCCGGAAACCCCAAAAAAAACGACCAUCUAACAUCAGAAAUUAAAGAAAAACUUACAGAAAUACGGAUUAAAUGAGACGAAGAAAGUUUUUAAAGUUUUUCCAUUUAAUUUGCAAUAGACUAACCAAACCAAACCGGUGCGAUGUUACCAGUCUCGAUGGUCCCGAAGCCAACCCGGAAGUGUCCCCGUCCACCGUCCCUUGAAAUGAAACACCCCCCAGCGGAAACCCUCAGUCGAAGGCACAUUUUGUAAACACAAAAAUACCGUUGUAAGCCUGUAUUGUACAUAUGAAAUUCUUCGAUUGGGGAUCCUCCGUAACCGUCCCGAUCCGAGCCCCGGGACCUAGCCAAGACUAGCAAUAUCACGCCCAUCGAUGAAAUAACACACACAGAUAAAAGCAAAAACUGAAAUAAACCGGAAUAAUUUAAAGUACAACACAACAAUUUUUUAAUAAUAAUAUAUUAACGUACAGAAGCAAACAAUAGUAAUUAAUGAAACAAGAUGAUAUAUUUAUAUUUUUAUACAAAUCUUAUUACACAGACAAAAUCAUGCAACCAUACAAAAAAAGCAGUAUUUAAGCAAAACCAAAAAACCAACCGUAACCAAAUUCCAGCGAAAAUGAAACUAACAAACACAUAAUCGGAAUUCAAAUAACCGGAAAGAAAGUGAGAGAGAGAGAACAGCAACAGAAUGAUUGAGCAAGAACAAACACACACAAAUAUAUAGUCGUUUAUAUAUUGAACAACAUAAAAUCUUAAUCCGUAAAUUUUACCAUUAAGCAUCCUUAUUUGACAACGAUUUUCUUUUUCCAAAACCAAAGCAAGAAAAAAAAAACAAAACAAAACAUCAUAAUGAAAAAAAUAGAAAUAUGCGCGAACACUGACGACGAAUCAACAAAUUGCAGCUUAUACCAGCCGAUAAGCGAACAAAAAAAUCAGCAAAACUGAAACAGAAACAAAAAAUCAAGCAAAAAAAAGGCAACACGUAAAUCCACUUCUUAAAACAAGAGGAAACACUCAGCAGACUGUUAAAAAUGUGAUCAGAUAUAUAUUAUAUAUACUAAUAAAGUAAUUAAUUAGACAAAACAAAAGAAAAAAGGUAUAUUUAAUGAGGUAAAAAGCAUUAAAUUACAAGAAACACUGUAGAAGAGCUACAGAAAAGUCAAUACAAGAGACAAGAAGCGUGAAUGUAGCGGAUAGAAAGAGAGAGAAAGCGAGAGCAGAAGAGUAAAACAUAAGCCAAACACAAACGUAUUCAUUGAGGUCAGGCCUUUGGCAGCAGUCAAGGCGCGAGAGCUGAAUGAAUAUCAACCACAAAUAUAUAUUUUACUUUUCCUUGUUCUUCUUUUUUACAAAUAUUUGCGAAUAUUCGCUGUUUAAUAUUGAAAUUUUAUAUACAAAAUGUUUUUAUAUAUACACCAAAUUACAGAAGCACACACGCAGAAACAAGAAACAAAGACGAGCUCUACGCGAGUGAUACGGAUACAAAAACAAAAAAACACAACACAUAAAACAAACAAAUCUAAGCAAAAGCAAAUAUUUAUACAGUACGAGUAAGUUACAAGAGUACACAGAAGAAAACAAAAGAAUCUAACCAAGACAAAUAUAUAUAUAUUUAUACAAACAAAACAUAUAAGUUUACACAUAAUAGCACAAUAGAACAAAAUUGUUGAAAAAAUAUGGAAAAUUUGUACUGCGCCUGGUCGCUGUUGGUUUGAGACAAUUCGAACGCACUCACAUUUGGACAACCCCAAACAGGAAAAAAAAUACAAAACGUCAAAAUUCAACCCAAAACCGCAAACAGCCACCGUGCACACGUACAAAAUUUACGUAUUAUACAAAAAAACAAACCGGAUUCAGUUAACGAUUACGCCAGUUCAGUUGAAAUAGCCGCUCUGUACGUUUGAACCCAUAAAAAAAAAAUAUCUAACCACGUGGCCACCUUGGCGAACCGCACGGGGAAGUUGCGAAACCAGCGCGUUUUUGGGCCAGUGAACGCACUCUAACAAUGACGUUUGCAGCGUUCGAACCGGGUCUUACCGCCUUCGGCCACCGCAGGGCUUGAUGAGACAUUCGUGUGUUGACAAGUCUUGCGGUGGCCGAACUAUCUGGACAAGCUUUCAAAAAUAUUAACGAUGUUGAAAGUAGUUCAGGGAUGGUGUUGAAAGAACAAAUUCAAAGUUGGAAUGUGUCAGAACAAAAAUAUAAAGCUAACUUUUAUUAUCAACCUAGCGUCAACAGUCCACGACGUCAAGCAUGUUACCUCCAGCAUUGUUUAUCUUGAACUGUCAAACGCGUUCAAAAUAUGUUAUGCUAAAGGUAGCGAAUGUUUGACAUCGCCAACUGUCAAGCGCAGGGUUGCAAGUUUUCACGGAAAUUAACAAAUUUAAAUUUCAGAACAAAAUCUUCAGAACUCUUAAAAAUCAGUUUAGCUCCUUGAACUACUUUCCGCAUCGAAUUGAGUGACAUUCGCCACUUUCGGUGAGCUGUCACCAAACUUGUGUUCAACAUUUCGUUCGAAACUAAAGUGACCUACGCUAGAGUGCAGCACCUCGCGCCCGAAUGUGUUCGGCUGGGAGCACUUCCCCGAUUGCCCCCGUUAGGGCCACAUCUGCCAAAAUCGAACGUACAGUACCAACAGGGAUGUUACAUUAUUAUUUUUGAAACCGUAAAUGGAACACAGAACCACAGUGAAGCCACCAAAGCAGCAAAUAAGCUUGCCCCGCGCAGGCAAAAUAUUUGUGAUACUACAGCCACAGUUAGAAUAGUGACCAGAACGUGGUCACUCUCCUCGGCCCGCGAAGCAGCCGGAGAGUGGCCAACAAAUCCAGAUUUAUCUCAACACAACAAAAUCUUCAGUUACAGUUUUCAAACUUCAACGUUUGCCUCAUUUAGGAAGAAAUGUACUUCGAACAUCCAUCAAUCGAAAAAAAUUACGUCCAAACCAAUCAUUGACAGGAGUUUUCCCGACGGAAGUACCGCCCUCCGCGUAACACCUCGGAGCAACCACAACAACAACAACCGCGUGCUUCAAGUCGGAACCCACUGGACAAGAACCGUGCGGGGGUGACCACACCAUCCACGGUCAACGCCCCCCACGAAAACAUGUAUACUCGUCCUGGAUCUAACCAUCGAUCAAUUUGCAAACAGUCAACCAAGAAGAGAGGCACUUCCGGCGAGCGCCAUCUGCCCGGAAGUGCGGAACAUUUCUUGUCUCUGCAGCACAGUUACAGUAAAUUUGGUGUUUUCCGAAGCGAUUCUACCAGCCACCAGAGAAGAACAACCGAACAGAGAAGUUUCAGCAACAAAACAAAGCAAACAAAAACAACAACAACACGGAGUUUAACAACAUCAACAACAACAACAUUGCAGCAAACACAAGUGGUGGAGAGUGACGCACGUUGCUCGGUAGUCUCAGCGAAGAAAAAUAGUAGAAAAGGUCAAACCAGAGUGUGGACGAAUGAUAAAAUUUAAUAUUCGGCGAUAUUCACCGCUCGGUGGUGGUGCAAAAUGGGUUUUGAUCGAUCGGGAAUGGGAACUUUCGAGGUCGAAAUUACAUUUUGGGAAAUGUUACAAAAACAUGCUCAAGCAACGUAUUUUAAAUUUGGUACCAUUUAAAUAUCAGAAUCUAAAACAAUUUUGAAAACGUAUAAUUAUGAAAUCAAUGUAUUGAAAAAUAUAGCAUUUCAACGAUCUUAAUAUUUUUAAUAUAAUGGCAGUGUUGCCAGAUCAUCAGCCUUCAUGAUAAAUUUGAUAGGAUUUUCAUUAAGAAACCAAACAACAAUUUUCAGAAGUAGUUCCGGAAGUGAUUUUCAUCAAUUUUAGAAAAAUCAUAACAAUGAAUAGUUCCACAAAGUUACCUUUAAUCACGGCUAUUCAGGACAGUGUUUCCAGAUCAUUAAACCUUGGACUGAUUCAAAAAUUGUUUUUUUAUUCAAAAAUAUAGAAAAAAUUGUACAUCUUGCAAAAUUAUUCUUGUAUUAAUCAUUUGGGACAGGUCUCGACUUUUUUUUAAAGAAAAUUAUUAAAACUUAUGUCAAAUGACACCAACUCAGCCUUCCUCAAAUUAUCCAGUGACUUAAUUUUUAUGCAGAAAGAUUUCUCUUUCACGGAUUGGACUUUAAAAUUUAAGGAAAAAUUGUUCGAUCAUUCUCAUAGUUUGAACACUAAUCGUUGUGUAACAUUUCUCAAAUUUAUAAAUUAAAAAAAAAUCAAUUCAAUUCAGAUUUGUUUAAAAGGUAAAUAAACAAAAUACAAUUUGUUCUUUUCGCAUUUCUAAUACAGUUUUGUAAUCUUUUUAGCUAUGUUUUACAUAAAAAAAUCAUAUUGAAACUGUAACGGCUAAUAAAUGUGGUUUAUUCAGAUUAAAAACUAAAUUAAAUUUAAAAAAAAUGCCAGAUUUCCAAAAAAAUAUGAAACACUGCAAAUUGAUCUAAAUGUUUGAUUAUUUUAUUGAAGAAAAAAAAAUAUUUGAAAGCAUUUUCUUGUGUUCAUUUAGGAUACUUUUUAAUAAUUGUUAUUUUUUAAAUUCCUGGAUCAGAAAAGAUGUUUUAGAGAAUAUUUUACCCAAUAAUUGCUUCAACUAUUGUGGUAUUGUUUGUUUCAGCUUUAUGUGUCCAUGAACAAGAAAAUUUUGAACUUUUAAAUAGCUUACAAAUAAGCUUUUCACAAUGAAAUGAAAUGUUUCCAAUUUUGAUAAAUCAAUAAAAAAGGUUUGUGAUUCUACAAUUCAAUAUCACGAAUGCUUUACCGAGGUUUCAUGUUAUAACUUAGUCAAUAAAAAAGCUUGUUCUUCCGGAAAAAUCUUUAUCAGCCAAUUUCUACCGCAAAAGUGAUUUUCAAAGAAUAACUUCUUUUCAACUUUUGCAUUUGACAAAAGAAUAUGAAAAAAUUUACGCUGAUUUAAAGAACAAUAUUGCUUAAAUCUUCACAAAAGGGUUCUAAAACACUAUGUUAAUUUUAACAUACAACGAUAAAAGGCAUGCCAGAGAUCCAUUUUUGAUCACUUAUUUUUAUUCUUAUUAAAAUAAACUAGUCGAAAUUUUGCGAUAAAUCAUCUACAGUCCCCAUGGCUGCCAAACAAGAUUAUUUGUGUCAAAAAAGACCACAAUUACAAAAUUUAAUAAUUAAUUUUAAAAGUUCUUUUUUUACAUUAAUAAGCAAUCUGAACUCCACUGUUACUAUAAUUUUAAUUAGAAUGUUUGAACUUUAUAUCGAAUUGUUUUUAAUUCAAAUUCACACAAAUAAAGCAAUGAGGCAAACAAAAAAAAUACGAUUUUUGUAUGAAAAAAUUACUCAAACUUAAUCCCACUUGUGAUAACCUCAAAAUGAAGUAACUAUUGCCAACUUAACCGGCUCGUUUUCACAGAAUCAAAAUUGGAGCAAACAUGUAGUAAACCGUAACCCUUAUCAGACCAUCAAGAUUACGUGACUACUCUAGCCAAGGUUAUCAUAGCUUGGAGAAAUAGUUUGUGAGAAAAUCUAACAAACACAAAACUACCUUCACCACCACCGAGCUGCGCAAAGUUUUUUAGUUCAGCAACACAAACCACAAACCGUUUGGAUGUCAAUCUCUUGUUACAGCUAACGAAAAAAAGAAGAUUUUUUGUUGAAUUCCGAGCACACACACGUGUUAGGAAUUUUUGCGUUAGAUUUCCUGAACGGAGAAAAAAAAAAGGGAAACACUUUUGAGUUUCCUAUUGUAUGUUUACCACAGAAAAAAGAAAAACAAAAAAUACAAACAAAACCAAAAGUCAAAACGAAACAUAAUGAAAGAAAUCUACAAGCGCCGUUAGCAAAACAAAAUCAUUGCACACACAGCCGAAAUAGAAACAAUUUCAAAUCAAUAAUAAUUUCAACAAUAGUGCCAGAAAACUUUUACACAUUACAACUUCAACAAUACAAUCUUGUUUUCGAUUGCAAUAACACAAACGAUAUUUUUAAACAGAAAAUAGUAAGAAAACAAACCAAAAUGAAAAUUUACAAUAGUCAUAAUUGGAGGAAGACAGAGAACUUAAAAAAAUCACAAUACACACAAUUGAAGCCGAAACAAAUCAAAUUUAGCGUACACAAGUAAAAGUAAAAUACAUUGAAUCAAAUGUAAGUGGGUAAAACAAGAUAAGCCAGACAUCAUUUUAGUGUUAACGAUCAGUUUUAGGUAUAUCUAGCAGUUUUAAUAAUCAGAUUGGAUGUGAAAUGUAGAAAAAUUUUAAAACACAGCCGCCUGUUUCUGCUGAAACAAACAGGUAGAAUCAGCCAUCCUUGUACAUUGAUAACCUUAAUAAAACCAACUAAAUACGAAGAGAACACAAAACCAGACAGCAAACCGUGUCCGACAUCGGACGACAAGCCCUAAUAAAACAUUAAUAGCACAUGGUUUCAUGAGAUUUUCGUCUGCCAACCGUUUCCAAACAAUUAUAAUCACUCGAAAACACACCGUCACCAAACUGAAAAUAUAGUUAAGAACGAACACCCCCUCGCGAGAAUCUCUCCCUGAAAGAACGCAACAACAGCAGUUGAGGUCUUUCAGACAAUCGAUUGUAGAAAGAACAGAACACUUAUCCCUACCCACAUUCGCACACACACACACACACUCAAACCAACAGCAAAUAGCUACGUGUAAAUGGACAGUUUUCGUAAAUGUGUGAGCUCCAGUGUAAGGGGUGGAACGCCACGUCUGCCAAAAGGUCAACUAUUGGCGAUUGACCUUUGGUUCGAUCAGCUCCCAAGAUCAACCCAAUACAAAGUGUGUCAAAAACAACAACAGCAACAACAGCAUUGUAACAAAGGAGAGGAUUUUCGUUAUUUGUACAUUACCACUCAGAUAACACACACAUAUACAGACACGUGUGUAAGCAAAGGUGGGACACUUGGUGGGCAGCACCGACUUUGGGCGCGCUUCACUCAGCUCGAGCCACCGCCACGGCAAUCACCCUCCAGCGCUAGUCAAGGCAGCUGUCAAGGCAAACAAAAACAAAGCCGCCAGGGGUUGACGUUUCUCUCGGCCCGUGCACGCGCAUUUCUUACCACGCCGUGUGUCACAACAGGUGCUGCAACAACAAACGCGACCCCGCGACUUUGACAGCUAGCGUUCCGCCACGGGGCGCGCGCUCGCUAGUGUUUAUGAGCGCGUGAGUGCGGCUUGGUGUGUGUGUGCAAUUCGUAGCGAGUGUAUGCGCUGUGUGUUGCUGCUCGCAGCGUUCAACCUAGGUACGAGGCAGAACAAUGCGUAUAUUAAACAGAUGAAUAAGCACACAAAGACACAUUUAAACCAGCAGCAUGCAAUGUGAAAGCAUAAGCAAAACACUAACAAGUUAAGUAUAUGAAUCUAUCGAACGGAAGCAAUCAUUUUCCCAUACCACAAUGGGAGCCACAGUGGAAUAGGGGUUCGAGUGCGUAACGCCCUUCCUGGAACUGGGGCACCAACUGAAAGGACCUAGGGGGCUCGCCUUUUGACUUCCCUGCCCUGUGCAACCCCCGAAAGCAAUAGAAAUAAAGAGACUGUCGGUAAGACUAUCUCACAGCAUCCUACUGUGCCGUCACUGUUGAAAGCACAACACAAAAACAACAACAAAUACACCAUGAAAGGGUAUAAACAAACCGAAGGAGUAAACAAUGAAAAUCAUAAAAUAAACAGCAAUAUCCGAGCUGUAAUAGGCAAAACCAUGCUGUCACUUUGGCACAGCUCCACAAACACAAAGAUGCAAACAGUCGCUCAAUGCAAGCGAGAGAAAAAGAUUGUCAAAACAACUGUGACAGUCCCAGCAAAUAAACAACAAAAAACAACAUCAAUCGUUUUGUUUUAGAGAAUCGUUUCCCGUUCAGUUCGAUUUGUCAUGUUCAAAGAAAGAAAAAAAUAGUUUCAACGAAAAAGCCCUCGAGAAAACCAAAACGUCACAAACACACGAACACGUCUUGAACAGUUAGGAAAUACGAAAAGGAACAAAAACUGCUAAUUUGAAGUGUUAUAGUUGCGUUUUACAGUUUCAAUAUUUUUAUCUACUUUUUCGUGGAAUCUAAAAUCUACCUCAAAUUAUUAUAUAUUUUAAAGCAAAUUUAAAACAAAAAGUAACGUCAAAUCAAGUGAAAUCCUAUUGAACAUGUAAGAAAAAUAUAUUAAAAUUAUUAGUAAGAACGAAGAUCAAACCAAAACGAUAUCAUUUUAAGUAAUUAUUUGCGUUUGGAUUUCUUAACUAUUUUGAACCUGAUUUAAAUCUCCAACAGUGAGAAAUCUGUAAAAAUAUAAACAUAAAAACCCAAAACUACAGUAAAAGUCGGCUCAACAAAGAAUACCAUACAGCAGAUGACUAAGUUACAUGCAAAGAAAGAUAGCUUUUGUUUGGUGGGAUUUUACAAAACAAUUGCUGCAACGAGCAUACAUUUUGACACACACUUUUAAAAAGGUCGAACGAAUAAGUUUUCAAAACAACACCAUCAAAACUUGGUUUAAGCAUUCUACCAAAAUCAAGGUUGAGCCAGACUCAGUUUAAUCUUUCGGAUCAGCAAAAUCAAGCAAAACCAGCCAGUGAGAGGAAAUCCACUGAAUGCAUCUGAAAAAGAAAAAAACUGUAUGUUUAUGUUCCCACACAACGCCAACAUCAACCAAACCAUCAAUAGGAAACUGUUGAGUGAAAAUUGUAUCAAUAUUUUGUUUUGUCGAAAAGUUUCUGUAAGAUCCUUACAAGAACUAGGAUGAACGUUUCGUUUUUUUCCCAACCUGAUUUGUCGCAGCUUAGCUGCUCUUUUGUAAAGUAAAUAACUUGCAAGUCCUUAAACUUUUACAUUAGUUGAUAGUUAUUUUAACAAGCUAAGUUAAUGUGUACUAGUUGUAGAUCUUUAUGAGUGAAUGCCAUAUUUACUUGUAGUAAUUUGAAAAAAAAAACUAGGAUUAAAUUAAUAGAACGAGAGUUAUUAAGAUCCAAUCGCAAGCAAAUCCGAAAGCUGACAUCAAACAUCGCCAAAGAUUGCGAAUCGAAUGGUUCCUAGCCACACCUUAGGCCCAGAGACCCUCGCCCUCGAUCCUCUCGAGUAACAUCAAGCAUUCGGCAAAUGAUGCACCAAACAACGCAACUUGCCAACCACCGUCAGCACUGUUCAGCACUGUCAUCUGCUGGAGGAUCGAACGCGUGCUGUCAGUCUCAGACCUAUCGAGUGCGACGCGGUGCUGCCACCCGUGGGGAGUAGCGAAAACACUGACAUCUCGGUUUGCCAGCACUUUCACAGGGUCAUGCAUCGCUAGCGAACCACGCUCGAUCUGAUGCAAUUUUAGUGAGAACAGUUUUCUGGUUUUCUAGCUUACUACUGCUAGCAAACAGCAAACACAAAUACAUAUACGAAACAGAAACAAGGCAAAAUCAAAACACAGAAAAUGAACAAAUUUCAAUCAAUCUUAUUCAAAGUAAAGCAAAUGUUUGGUUAAUUGAUUUGUAGAUAAAACAAAGUAGGAAUGACCAAAAUCAAAAAAAAGAAGGAAUAUAUCGAACAACUUAUAAAACAACAUCCAUGGGAGCACAACAUCCAGCUCAAAACAAACCACUUGAUUGUAUGAUUUUCUAAUAUUGUUUACAAACAAAAUCUUUUGAAUUGGAUAUGCGAAAUUUUCCCUUUGGGGAAUCGUUCGCUUGUCUAAUAUUUUAAAACAAACAUCACAAAAACAGAUUAACAGAGAUAGUAACAGUUUUGGCCAUUUUUUGGAAAACUAUUAAGAAAUAACAUUUACCGGACAUUUUUCAAGAUGAUGAAUCGUCAGGGCAAUGCUUUGAAAGAUUCAUCAUUUUAAGUCGUUUCUUUUUUGGGAAAACAUUUGAUUAACAUUAAACAGAUUUAGUUGAUUUACACACAACUGCACACACAUUUACUAAGAUUUGAAACGGAAUAGGUACAGCAAAUACCCAUUCCGAAGGAUACAUCAGCGAAGAUAAGUCAUGGAAAGAGAAAGGUCAACAUCUGGAAGAUAAGAAGAAGCAUGGAAACACCUGGAAAAGAAGAUAUACAGCAAUAGAUAUGAAAGGACAUUCCUUAUUAUUUCUAUAAGGGUGCUUACAAAACGAAACAAAUAAACAAGCUACUAAAAACAACAAAUAGGCGGUCAAAAUUCAACUCAAAAUUCAACAGUUACAGUUAAUUUGUCAAAAACAAAUGCAAAAUUUAACACACAACUCAAAAUUUAAAUUGUCGGCAAAAUUCGAACGAAAACAUUGUCAAAAUUGAAUCAAAAAUACGCUACCAGGAAACAAAAACAAAAAAGAGGAGAUGGGACAGACUGAAGCAGAACGAGUUUGAUCAAAGCUAAAAUGUCGGGAGCUUUGACAACUUCAGGUUCUGUCCCAAACCAAAUCGAACAACUACAUCGUUCAAGCAGCAAGGCAUCACUUUGUGAAAUGAUUUGGAAUCGAUUAAUUUACUCCUCAGUUACAGAUUCCAACCAGUAACAACAAAAUACUAACCACAAAAAAUACAGUUUAGACUAGCAAAAACAAACCAACUGGAAACGACAAUAUACCACAGGAAAAAAAUAAGAAAUUUGACGAGCAAACACACAACAUUAAGCAUUUUCGAAGAUGCAAAGGAUAGUAUUUGGUUCGGACAGCGCUAAUUUUUCGGAACUUUUGGAGACAAUUUUUUGACUUUGUGUUCAUCACUAGGAAAAAAGCAACUAAAUAAAAACAAAAACAAACGAAAACAAAACAGUUGAAAAGCAACAAAACAAAAAGAAACAAGUGAAAUAUCACGUUCUCGGCAAUGUUUGGGAUUCCCGGUCUAAAGAAAAAAUAUCACGAAAAAAGUACAAGCUUAUUUGAAGCACCUUCGCGCCUUAUCUUUAAAGAGAAAGUAUGGAGAAGCAAAAGAAAACAAAAAGAAGUAAAUAAGAGUAAAUAAUUAAAUCUAAAGCAAAAACAAAACGGAAAACAUACAUUUAAACCAAUUUUGAGGAAACAAAUCUAAACAUAAAGAAGACAAAAAGAAACAAAACCAAUUGUGUGUAAUUUUUACCAAAAUCUGCCUUAAAUUAUAUUUUCUUAUAUACAAAAAGUACAUGAUUGCAAAAAAAAAUGCGUCAUAACCAUGUGAAUAAGCAAAAAUAAAGAAUAAUAAAUUAAUAAAAAUCCUACUAGUGUGAUGGUUUGCUAUACGACUGAAUAAAAGCAAACUGAUAAAUCGAAGUAAAAUUGUAACCAAUACGCAAUUUAGUGGAGAAAAAAAAAACACGCGACAAUUGUACGAUUUAUAGCUUUUGUUCAUAAGAUCGAGCAAAGAGUUUUGAGCUAUCUUAUGAAUUUGAUGUUGUUCGAUAUUUUUGAAAACGCUUAAAGUUCGUAUUCUCGGAAUGUAUUGUUUUCGUUUAAAGUUCACAGACUUUUUUUUUAUUUUAUCGAAAAAAACUUUGAUGUUUUUUGUUUCAAUUUCGACUUAAUCCUAGAAAAUUAACAAACAAUAUAGUGAACGCAACGUUUGGCAGCAAAACAAAAAUUCUAAAAGCAUCAUCUUUCAAGAAACACGAACACAAACAAAUACACUGACAUUGACACACGAACGCAAGUAGGAAACCCGAAAACUAAAGCAAACCAAGCCAGCAAACAUGUUGCACAACCGUUUCCGCCACCUGGUUGCUGCAACUGCAGUGCAACAUGUUUGCUGCUCGACAACUCACAGACACAAUGGGAGCGUAGUUUGACGAAGCUGCGGAGAAGAAGGUGGAGAAACGCACUAGGAGCAAGUUUGUUUUGUUUUUAAGCUUUAUUUAGUACAUCAUUCUAAGUAUCAGAGAGAUUUUAACAAGAAAAAGCAGAGAGAAAGAGAGAGGGAGACGAAGUAAAGAUCGAAAACGUAGCUGAGAAAUAAAGAAGAUCACAAGCAAACAGCAAACAACAUCAAAACAAAACAAAAGGGGCAAAACGGCGAGUAUAAAAAAAACACACACACAUACACUUUCACUGUACUGAGUAGAAAAGAGAAGGAGCACAAGAAGAAGAAGGAGAAAAAGAGUAACACUGGAACAUGAAGGAGACAAAUUGCAAACAGAAACACAUGCAUUCUGGUUGAUGCACAUCGAGAAGCCCAGUUGACGUGGUACGUCAAUGGGUGUUAAAUACAAAUAAAAAAAAUCAUAAUAAUUAAAUGAGGGAUAACGAAAAGACUUGCAAAAGUUCUUUUUUCGAUUGUGGGAUGUAGUAUAUGUACAAUUGUUGGAAGCCAAACCGAGGAAAGGAAGACUUUCUGGAAAAUUUAUUAUAAUUAAAUGCCAACCAUGGUAUACUUAAUCACAAAAGUCAGAUCUGUAAUUUAAUCCCAAGAGCAAAAAAAAAACAAAGAAAAAUUCAGAAAAUAGUCAUGGUAGCGGUUAUUUCUAAAAAAUAAAGCAAGCAAACCCCGUCAACUCGUUGACAACCGUUUGCGAACAAAACAGGCAAAUUCAACACUUUCGGAUCCGGCAGAAAGAUUAAAAGCACGACGGGCCACGUGCGGCCUGGGAUGUCCCUUUCCGGGCUGCCAUGGCCCGUUGGAAGAGACGUUUUAGUUCUGUAUUAUCCUUGGUUGAUACACUGGUUUUUGGUUAAUUGUAACGGUGAGAGAGGCGACAGGUUCGUUUUCUCUCUUGCCAUAUUUUUCACCACAAAACACACACCUACACACACACAGGUGAACAAUUCAAGCGGACAAACACACACACACACACACAAACACACCGAUACAGAGAAAUAAUCUUUGAUAUUUAUGAUUUACAGGAUGCCACCAUCAAAAAUGCGCCACAAGUCAGCAUGUCCCCACUUCUUUCGGGAGGGCUCAUGUUGACCUCGCGACGCACGUACGACUUUACUGUUGAAGGACUUCCGGCUGCGGAGGAUCCGGUUCCGGCUCCCGGUCGGAAGUUCUUCCUCUGUUUAGAAGCGAGUCAUUUGUACACUUUUAGUUUCCAGAGUCGUUUACGAUUGAGUUUACAACUCUUUAGGAAUUCAUAAUUGAAAGUGGAUUAUUUUUCGAAAAAUGAUUAUGAAAUGUUUGGAAGCGCAAAUUAACAGUUAAAAGGUGCGCGAUUUCAAGUUCGCAACAUUGGAGAAUGUUGGCGUUUAGUUACCUUGGUUAAAUUGGAAAUUUUUCGACCAAAUUCCAAAUCUUUCCGAUGCUAGCAAAAUUCAUUGAACCAGUUGACUGACAACGGAAGGGAUUGCCUUCAACAGCUGCGUUGGUUGAGUGUGGUAAUAUUUUCGACGAAACUAACAAAUUUUUUGUGACACAAAUUCAUGUUUUGUCAACUAUACCAAGUUACUAGCCUGUAGUAACAAGUGGAAAAAGUUCGUUCGAGAUUUGGCUUCAGAUAUAUAUUUUUUAUGCAAUGACACUACAGACUUUUGAAAAAUUAUGCAUAAAGAAAUUCUUUUCAAUCCAUGUUAUAAACUGAACCAUUUUGGAGAAAAACCACCCAAUUUAUUUUUUACCUAACAGUUUCAAGUCAAAAUAUCAAUGUUUUGACAGCAGUGAUGUUAACCGAAUCUGGAACGCCUCUAGUGGAGAAUAGAAAAGUCAGAUUUCAAGUCUGCCUAUCAGAUUUUAACAGUUCAAUCUUCAGCAAAAGUGUUACACUGAGAAAAAAAUUAAUUGAGGAUCAUUUCAAAGCGGUUUAAAGCUUAUUUCAAGAGAAAAAUGAUCAUUUUAUCAUCAUAGAAAACUUUAAUACAAUCACACUCAAUCACGGGCAAAAAGUCCCUUCGAUUUUUUCAAAUUUCGAUUCAAAAUAGCACCUUUGGCUUCGUACUUUCGGAUGUAAUUCUCCCGGUUUAGAGAAUAUGUCACUCAACAGUAAAAUGGUUCAAAAUUCGAAACGAAAGUAUCAAUCACGCAAAUUACACACGAAAUCAACUACUUGUCUAUUGGUAAGAUACACACUAAAUUGAGAUAAUGUUUCGACAAAAAAUGUAUUUUGCACAUCACAGUCGUACCGAGACCUUCGAAAAUGAUGCGAUGCAAAAUGUGUGAUCAGCACAACACUCUUCAUGAUCAUUUUGACGAAAUAAUAGCUUCAAUGAUGAAUAGCAACAAACCAAAACAAAAACAAACAAAAGAUCGACAGCAGUCACAACACACACAACCGGAGUUCAGUUGGCGAUCGUACCCACACAAACGGUCGAGCAUUCUCAAAACUGAAAUAGCCAUGUUUUUUAUCUCUGACACAAUCCAAAACCGUUCUCGCAAUAGUCAACAAUGAAGGCAAUCAAAAGAAAUAAAACCAAAAAGAGUUUAAAGUUUUGAGUUUUCUGUUCGCCACGUGUGCGCGGAAAAAGGGCGGCGUGAACUCGAUUUGAUCGACCUAAAUUUUGCAAAAGGGCUAAACCAAACGUUCAAACACGCAUCUCGCUGAGCUGUUUGUUAAAGUUCGGAGGUUACGCCCUUUUUAAAGCAUAAAUGUUGAAGGUAAACUAAUCGUUUCGAGCAACUUCACGUUGAUGCCCACCCCAAAGUUGGGGCCGAGCAAAAGUACGCAAAGUAAGGCGCACGUGGCAGCAAUUCUGGAGCGAAAAGCGCGCUUUUUUAAACACGUUCCGGCAAUCGGCGUUUCAACCAUUCACGUUUGGCAGCGAAAUUGCAAUAGCAACACAGUCACAACCACGAGUCAAAAUUAGUAUCAAAAUUGAAAGAAACCAAAAGCAGCAGCAGCAAAAAAGAAAAAAAACGUUUUUAAAACCAAAACACGGCAACACACACUUGGGCCACUACGUCCGAUCUAAAGUGCCUUCAAGAAAAAAAAUAAUAAUAAAAAUAUGAAAUGUUGAUUUUUACGAAAUGAAAAGUAAAUAAAUAAGUUUUAUAUACAAAAAAAGAGAGUAAAAAAUAAAUAAAAAAACGGGCCCUUUAAUAGACUUCUCGCCCCACCAAAAUGCGCGACUGUUUGUGUGCGAUCCGGUGUUGUUUUUCUGAGUUGUUAAGUAAAAUUCACAACCACAACCACAAAAAAUACAAAAUCAUUCAAACUGCAUGCAAUAGUAAAACCGGGCUCUUUUGUUUCUCACACAUACACAUCCACAAAGCGACAGUAACAAAACUUUAGAAAUAACACGACGUAUGUACUAUGUCAACCAAAAAAAUAAUAAUAUAGACGUAAGAUUACAUGAUAAAUAUGCAAACAGAAAACACGGAAAUCCAAAAUUGUACUGUUACGUACUAUGUGAAAGUAAAACAGAAAACCAAAAAAAAAAAAAACAAAAAAAAGUAUGAUAUACUCUCACAGAUUGUCAUUUAUGUAAAACUACCAGGACACAACAAAAAUCACACUCUGACAAUGUGAAAGACAACAGAGAGAAAGUCAACAACCAUUUCUAUGGACUGGCAAGGCAAAGUAAGGGAAAACAAAAUAAACAUUUAAAAACCAACCAAAAGUCGAGAAAAGCAUAGCAAGUAGUACUCAAAUAAAUAACGCAUACUAAGAGAAGAAAACUUAUUCAACCAAUCUACGAACACACACGAAUCUUAUAAAGUAUUAUAAGCCAACUACCAAUUCUAUUACCCAUUUGUAAUCAAACAAUUGAGUUUUGUUUCUUUUUCACGCAAAAGUGCGAAUCUCAUACUCACUCCCACACACAUUUAUGACCCGAGAUGAGAUGUCGUCCGAGGACGACAAUGUAAUGUUAUUGUUUUAGACGCAUUUUCUAAGUUAAGAACCUUAUCCUCAUUAUAAAAACAGCAGCAGAACAAAACAAAAGAAUCCUAGAGGAAAACAACAACAACAGCAGCAGAACACACAGAACACAGAACACAAGCUCGUUACUAAUAAACAAGUAAAUGAAUGCGAAACGAUUGUAACACACACAAAUCUCAAAAAUGAAAGAAAAAUUUCCAAAAACUUAUCAAGAAGAGGCAAAAAAAGCGAAGAUGAAGAAGAUGAUGAUGAAAACCGGUGUUUAAGCAAGUAUGAAGAACGGAAGGAGAGUUUUAAACUGUUUACAAGCAGGCAGAAUUGUAAUCAGUAAUUCCAAACAGAAAAAUUUUAAUGCAUACCAACUAUAAACUUUUAAUUAUUCCUAUAUUGCCAUAACCGAACGACCGAAUGGGCUCAGAUUAGUAAAGUCUGAGAUCGCGAGUGGAAAAUAACGGAGACAAACAUAACGAUAUAGUUUUAACAAGCUUUUGUUUGAGUGUAGUAUGAAAAGAAAAAAAAAGAUUAACGUAAAUUAUGUUCUAAUUUGUUACAGUUUGAUUGACUCUGAAGCUAUCAGUUACCAAAUACGCGUGCGAAAGCACUUUCGUAGUCGAAAUAAUCUUAGUUCAAUUUUGUAUAAAAACUAAUCGAAGAAGAACACAGAAAGGUCUCUGCAAAACUACGUUCUGUUGCAUCUCAUUUGUUGAUUCUGUUAUUACUUUCGAAUUAGGUCUUUGUUUAAAUUUAAACAACAACAGAAAACAUCUCGUAAAAACAAACGAAUGGAUUACCAAAAUCCACCUUUGAGUUACUGACAUCGGAAUGAAUUUGUAUUGAAGAAUCGUCAAUUUAAUCAAUCCAAAAUGUGUAAGAAGAGAGGGAAAACCAAACAGAAAAAAAAGAAAACACUAACAAUGCUACUAUAAUUAUCGAAGCAAAUUGUAAUUGAAACAGAAUCAAUGUGAACAAAAUAACUAGGUUUUUAUUUGAAAAUGGAAAAUAAUUAUCGCAGAAGCAGCAAGCAACAAAAAUCCAAUAAUUAUUCAAAUUACAAUUAUAAAAAUAAACUAAAGCAAAAUGCAAAUCCGCGCCCGGCCCAGUGAGCUUUCGGACGAGCCGAUUCGGGUGCAGAGUCAACAACUAUCUUUAGUAGCGUUAAGGGAAGGUGACUUUUUGCGGUGACAAGAUGGCGGCGCGACGCCACAUGCAGGCAGGCCGGUUGGACGACCAAAGCACAAUGUCGGAAACGUUCAAAAUUCGACCAAUUUCGGUGCCCCCUUUUUCGGCCAAAAGUUUGUUGACUUUGUACACAACUUGUAGCAAUCGGCAAACUUCCCCCAGGUGGAUAGGCAAAAUUCGACAAAAAUAAGAUAAAUUUCGAUUUUUUAAAAUGUUUGGAAAAAAAUUGUGCCCUACCGAGCGCAGGAAAGGAUUCGCUCCGGGUUUGGUUCCGGAGCUGGACGGAAGAAGGCUUUUUUGAUGAUUCCUAUGAACGACUCCUGACACCACGAUGACCGCUCGGACACUCGGUCUGCGGUCGGGUUUGCGGAACUACUUAUUUUUUGUAAUCUAAUUUUAAUCACAAACACACAUUCACACAGAAACACAAACACUCAUAUGUAUUUAUUCUCUUAUUAAAAUGAAUGAAAAAAAAAAUAAACACAGACACAAACAGUAAAUAGUAACAAAUAAUCAGAAAUAUUCAAAAAUUAUUUCUCAGCAGAACAAAACCUAAGAGAAACCAGGAUUCAAGCAGUACGCAAACCGAUACCCAAAAUCAACCAUAAAAAAUAGAACACACUUUUCAAUUAACGGGCAUGCUUUCAUCGUAAACAAAACAAUUACAACAAAACAGUAAAACGAAGCAAAAAAAAAACAAUAUAAUACGAACAACUUUCAGCUACUCUAAUUUGAGCUCAUUUCCAGAACAUCAUUUAUCGUCAGUCUAAUCUGAACCAUAUUUUGGCACAAUUUUGGCGCAUUUGAAGAUAUGCAUGACACCGAAAUCUGUAGUGGACACACGUACUACUUGCAUAACUAGUAUUUGGUCAACUCAGCCAACAUUUCAAAAGCAUAAGAAGCAAAGCAAAUUUUAAACCAACACACAAACACACAAACACACUUGCAAACCAACGGAAGUAAAAAAAACUAAAAAAUACAGAAAAAAAUAUUUUCGGUACUACUUGGGAGUUUUUGUUUAUAUUUUGUAAUAUGUAACUACCACACUUGUUUUCCAUAGAAAGUUUUGUGAGAGAAAGAGACAACAGAAAAAUCAGUAUACCGAUUCACAAUAGCAAAAGGGUUUGGGCAAAUUCACACAAAUACACCUACAACACGCACUCACGCGGAGCGGUAACAGCAGGCACUCAUGUUUUGGUGAAGCGAAACUCACCACCACUUGGACGCAAACGCAAAACAUGAACAGAGCAGCUGCUACCGCGUGUAAAAGAGGUAUGCAAAGAUCAAAACAAUAGUACCAAAUCGACGAAUACAUACGAAAAAGGAACACAAAAUUACCGCAAAGCAAAAAAAAAAUCCCACAAACAGCAAACGUUUAUACUAUGUAUGACAAACAAUAGACCAGAAGGUAUCCGGCGCCUGUACAGAGAAAGAGAGAGAGAAGAACGAGAGAGAAAACAAUUGACAGCUCUCUCAAAAUUUCCACCAGAAAAAACACACACACACAGAGAAACAGGAAGUCCGAAAAGUGUCGGCCACUUCCGGCGGCGGGUACUGAUUUCUAAUUGAUUUGCUUUCAUUUUUAUCGACUCCAAACGAAACGUACUCGAGGGGCAACCCCCCCUGCGUGGACAUCCAGAGAUGACGUAGUGACUAAUCUUAGCCGCGUCCUCGGAGCGUUGGAGUUAGGAUGUAAAUAUUUAAACACACGUUUAUUUACCGAUUUUCAUUUUUAACAACCGAACACACACAAAACUUCUCGGCGCAGGAUUUUUCUCGUCGGGAAAAUAUAUUUUUAAGUUGAAAUAGGAUAAAGUACCUAAAAAUAUUUGAAAGAAAAGCAGAAAAAACACAGAAAUAGUGAAAAAAUUAUCUUAAAACCACUCAAAAGUAAUGUAGUUUGAAAUCUUUUGCGAAAAAAAAAAAUGAGAAACAUUUGUGCCAAAAUUUUUCACAAAAGCGAAACCAAAAACAACAGUAAUUGCUGGUAAUAAUGACACGCUUACGAGCAAAAUUGGAUUUUGUUAUGUAAACCACCCCUUCACAGAUUUGGGCUGAACGUUUUCGGUACACUCAUUUUUUUCUUCCUCUAAAGUUUCGUUUUCUGUAUUUUACCUAUCCACUGUAUAAUGGGUAAAGAUGUGCAAUAUGAAUUUUUCUGUAACAAACACCAACAGCAAGGUGACAAAAACAAGAGAAAACAAAAAAAAACUAGCGAUCAAAAGAUGUAAACAAGUAACAACCAUUUUGGCGAUUUUUCAAUGCUCUUUAAAAAAAGAUUCUUUCAGUUAUUUUUAAUUGCAAAUAUGAACACACACACACAUAAUAGUCCAUUCGGAGAAACUUAUAUCAAUGUGUCAAAUCUAUCGUAACAAGACAGCAGCAAAAAAGAAGCAGAAAUCCAAAAAAAAUAUUGCAAGACCCAAAAAGCAUACAGUCACAGUUUGAAGAAACAAAAAAAAAGAAGCAAAUAAAUAUAAUCAGUAAAAUCUUACAAUGUGUAUCACCUAACAACCAUUACUAACAAUAACAAGAAAGGAAAUAGCAUCAAAUAAUAAUCGAUAUUGAAGACAACUACAUUUACCAUCGCAAAUAAAAACAAAACAGGGAAACGGUUGAAAAUAAAACUCAAACACAGAAAACAACAAUAGCAAACGGUUAAUUUUGUGCAACUCCAGCUCAUAUAAAUGCUGAAGAGUGGUGUUUCUUCCCCGAAGGGAACUACUUUUGCGAGCAGUUUGUUUUUGUUUUGUUGGAAAAUCCCUGUUGGAAAUGGUGAUUCCAAUGACAAAUCGUCCAAUAAAUAUGGAAGGCUUGGCAGUCGAAUCGCCUGACAGGAGAGCUUAAGUUUGCCAAACAAAAGAGAAAUAUUUCGGAGCGAAAUUUCAAAUUUGAGAUUGAUGAAAUCCUUUUGGAAAAGCGUACAAAUGAACUGAAAUUGAGACUUUUAACUAAUAUUGAAAUUUUUUAUUGAUAAACGAAGGCAACGAUUUAUUUUCGUUCCAAUUUGUUUAACUAAUUGAUCUUGUAAUUCAACAGUUUAGAUACUAGUAGAUUUCUGCAAAACUGACGUGUUUGAACGCUCACCUUUGGCUGUAUCUCAAUUUCUGGAAUCUCAGCUACUUUAUUUGAUAAUCACACGUGUAAAACGUCACUCAAUUUGAACAAAUUUCCACUAAAGCACAGUUUAAACCACUGGGAUCAAAACAUUUUAAAUUUAAAGUAAAAUUUGUUAUUGUUUACAGCAUUUUUCGACUCACAUUUUGACAGAUGAUUUCAAAAAAGAACUUGAACGCCCUCAACGCCCCUAGUGACGUCUAGCGAAAAUAUUUCGCAAAUAAUGUUGCCAGUUUCAUUGGUUAUACCUAAGCAUAAAGUUUUAUCAAUAUUUUUAACCAUAAAUGAAAUUAAUGAUUAACAACGGCAAGAUCAAUGGGAGCUUUACUUAAACAAAUUUAUAUACUUUCUGGGCUUGGGUUCAGAAGGCUACCAUUGGCACCUUCUGACGUGAGAUUUUUUGACAGGUCAACAAUCCGCAAAAGCUCCUUACAAAUCCAUCUGCUCGUAAACAAAAAUUGUACAAAACUUACUCAGAGGUUCAAAUGGUAGGCUUUGAAAUAUAAUUUUUUGUAUUUUUAUUGUGAAAAUGAUGGUAAAAUUGACCCUUUCUAAAAAUGCUACCAAUUUGACAAAUAAUUAAAAUGAAAUCAACGAUCCCUACCAUUACACCAAACCUGCAAUAAUGACAUUUUGAACACUCAAACAAAUCAGUAAAUAUUUCGAAUCGAAGGAAUUUUCCAUCAUGAAGUUUGUUUUUAAAUAAAUAAUAAAAAAGCUCGCAAAAGUUCAAUACCACUCUCUGGCGUUUGACCUACUCAACACUAACAAUAGACAGGUUAACAAUAGUGCGGCCCAUUCCAGGCAACCAAACCAGGGAACAAAAUUUGUCGCAAUCAAAAAGCAAAAAAAAACAUUAUUCGGACGGUUUAAUUUUUCGGUAACUAUCAAUACAAAACAACUGGCAAACAACUUUUGACAAACUAUAACGAAACAGAUUUGGGCAAACAACAAGAACACAUUUCGGUCGGAAAACAUGUUUUUUUAGAAUAAAAAGUGUUGAUUGUUUUCAAACUUUCGUUUGUUGUUUUUAAUGUCGUUUUCAUCGAGACAUGGAGUUAGAUUCUCAUACAAUAUUUGAGCAUUUGUUUCUCUUCAGCGUUCGUUUGAGUUCUAUUAUCACUGUUUAGUUAGGUUAUCUAGCAGACGAGAAAAUAAAAACAAAAUAUUGAAGAAGAUCAUCAACAAUUCUAACAACAUUCAGAGCAGAGAAGAAAGAAACAUUCGGGAAGAAGUUAUGUUUUUGGAAAUUUUGACGAAAGGCACAAAUACAAAAAGGCGACAAAAGCAAAUCAUUCAGAUACUGGAAGUAAAAAAAUAAAUAGUCAGGCUACAAAAAAACAAUCACAACAAAACAUCAAGUUUAUUAGUUCCCUUUGGUUACAAGUUAUGGAAACUGGUAGUUAAAAAGACUUAUUAAUAUCGUGGAAAACAAAAACAACUUUUCAGAACAACAACAAAAGCGAAUAAUAAUUGCGCGCAAAAAGAAAAUCUUUGGAACAACACGUUAAAAAAAACGCAAGCAAGAUCAUGGAAAGAGUUACUAAAAGAAACGAAAACAUCAACAGAGUAAAAUAAUUUCGAAGAAAGCAAACAAAAAAUGCAAUAACAGUUCUUGGUCAGUGGUUAAUGAUGGAAAAUGAUCCUUGUUCUUCCCAGCCAAAAUCAUACAAGAAUUAUAUAAAAUGGUAAUACUCUGUAAAAAUACUUUCUAGCAAGCAAAAAAUAAACUGUACAACACAGAAAAAUGAAACGUCAGAAGAGUAUUUUUGUAUCAAUAUUUUGUAAACGUUUGUGUAUAGUAACUUUACGAAUAAAACCAGAAAUCCAGAAAGAAAAAAAAACAAAUAUUUAGGCAAAACACAUACGUUAAAGCAAAAAAAAAGUAUAGAUAAAGAAAUAAUGUGGUUACACUGUAAAACUUUCGGCAUACUUACUCUUAUUUGUAACAAAAGUAAAAUUGUACAUUUAGGCAAGAAAAAUAUCCACUCCAAAUAUAACUACAUACAAAAAUAACAAUUUCGGCAUACAAAAUUACUCAUUAUGUAAAUAAAUUUGCACCCACGGAAGAAAGGACCAUUUUCCAACCUUCAACACACAGCCAAGUUGUGCUAUCUGCGUUCCAAAAUCUCUUCUCAUUGUUGAGAAAUAUGAAGUUAUGUGAGCGAAACGUUAAAGAAAAUCUAUUCUGAGUGAAAAUUAUAAGUUUUACAAAUGGCAAAAUGAAAUCAUUUUGAAACUAGAAGCGAAAGUUAAAUUAAAAAAAAGCAAAAACAAAAAAUGUCCAAAUCGUCAUGAUACAAGACGAAGCAUUUAUGCUAAUAAUCUUUAUUAAACGAAGAUUCUACACUGAGAGGAAUAAAACAAGACAAGCUAAUUUUAGAGAAAAAAAAUUGCUGAUGUUUUAAAAAGAGGGAAAUACAACAGUGUAGAUGAAGAUUAAAUCGUCGGAUCAUGCCCGUAUGAAAACGUACAAAAAGUAAAGAUGUCUUUAUUUCAAAGCGAUUUUCUUUCUAUUACUAAAUUAAGUGAUGAUCUUAUUGUAAAAUCAGAAGAAAACGGUGAAAUCUAGUAUAAAAUAAAUUGUGAGCGGAACAAACGUUGGGAAAAUCGAAAUCAGACAACACGAGAGAGGGUUUUGUUAAACAAUGUAACAUUUAACAGUAUAUAUAAAGCAUGAACAUACAACUUUUACGUUUGAGAAUAUUUUUUCUCAAAAUUUCUAUCAAAAUUAUUAUUAAAAUUUAAGAGACAAAACAAAAAAAA